AUGGCUUUCAUGAGGAGCAUUCGUGUGCCGCCGAAUUCGGCGAACCUCGAGGAGGCGAGGGCCAAAGUCUUCGACUUCUUCAAGACGGCAUGCCGCGCCAUCCCCUCCAUCAUGGACAUCUACAUGCUCGGAGAUGUCGUCACUCCUUCUCAGCUCCGGUCUAGCAUAUCCGCUCAGAUCCGGAAGAAUGCACAUGUCACGAACCCUAAGGUAGGCGGUACUCUCCCACUAGACGCAGUCCUAUUUCGCUUCCUAUUCUUGACCGGUCAGGGGGAGAUUGGGUCUGUAGCCGCGACCUGAUGCUGAUAGGGGCGGGAUGAGUGUUUCUUCUUCUUUUUUCCGAUUUGUGGUGGUACCGCGGAAACAACUUUUCAUCUGAUUACUGGAAAAAAGAGAGGAGGGGGCGCUAUGCAGUACAUGAAGUAAAUAUUCCGCGUUAGCGAUUCCUUUAUGGUUGAUGAGAUCGUAGUUCCUUGGGGAAAGCAAGAGUAACUUACCAGCAUUGGCCUCUUCAUUCGAGUUUUCCUCCAUCAGUUUUUUGAAGUCCUCUUGGAUUUAUUCGCCUAGCCGUGUUCCUGUUCUUCCAUUCUCUUUCUUUCUGUAUUGUUCUUCUUUCUGAUCUGAUUACCUUGCUGAUGAAGUAAGCAUCACCCAGCUUCACCGAGCUCUGACCUAAAAGUCAUAACUGACAGAAAAACCUGGGUCAAACACUUGUUAACUGCAGAAAGAAAACCCUCGUUAAUUCUGACAAUGAAUCUAGAUGAAGAUAUCAUUGAAUUAACCAAAAUGUUUCAAUUUUAUGUGAGCUAACAGGCACUGAAUCACUACUACUCGGUUCUAGGCUAGAAAAAAUAUCAUCCACAUUCAAACAACCAAUUUCAGCCUUCCAUAUCAUCUGAUGUAUACCAAUGCCAAGUGGUCUUACUCUAGGUGAUCUUUUAAUCCACCCCAUCCCUGAUUGUCUCAUUUGAUUCACAUUUUCCCUCAAAUCCGGCAUUUGAUCUCAGUUAGUGUCAUGCUACUGAUUAUAGAGCGUUCAAUAGACUCCUCAUCUGCUCGUCACAUUCCAUCUCUUCUUCAUAAUUUGCUACCAGUUGGGUUGAUCCUUCAAAGUUAACUUUGUAACUCUGUUGCUCGGAAGUAACUAGGUUAGAAUGAGAACGCCGCAAGUAUUUUGAGGAAAGACUCUCAAGGGGAUGAAAUAUGGUCUCGGGUCGCAUCUGAUCUUUCUUCAUCCUUAUGUACAUUGAGGAUUUUUUUUAAUUCCUUAAUCCACUCUCUGUCCAGUUAGGUAGUGUGUGCUUUCCUUUCUUCUUCUUCUCUCUUCUUGUAUGUAUUUGACAAGAAACAACAAGUAGAGAUGGGUGAAGUUAGGAAGUAUGUUGAUAAAGCUCCAACUUCUGAAUAUAGAAGAAAAGAACAAUGUCUGAAGUAGGUAAGAUAGAGGAGCGAGAUCAGAGGAAAUCGGAUUCGAUUACCUCAGAUCUAGGAUAACAGUAGGCCCUUGCCUGACUCCCCAAGAACUCGAAUCAACUUCUCCAAAAGGUGCUGCCUUUCUUUCUUUCCCUUUCCUUUAUUUAUACCCUUCAUUGUUCUGAGGUAGCCCCUGUGCGUUUUUUAGGAAGCUCAUAUUAUUCCUCUAGUCUGUUAGGAGCUCCCUAUAAUCUCACCUUCGGUUAUUCUACAGCUGGACUGGGGGUUUUGACAUCUCUCUCGCUCUUGUAUCCACUUUGCCUCUACGAAGCUUAUUUGAUAAGCUUUAAAUGACAUUCGUCAAACGAGUAAUGCCCAUAGUGUGUUAAGACAUGUUAUGUUGAAUAUCCGUGCAGAGAUUUAUUAACUGCAAAAACUGAACAUUGUCACCCUUGCAACCAAGAGAAGGCUAUUAACUCUCAUAAUAGCAUCGAUUCUCUUUCCUGAGUUUAUCUGGGUUUGGAUCGUUCAUGUUUGAGCCCCUCUUGAAAGAAUUAUCUUGUUUUGCAUAAAAUGGGGGACUGCAUUAUGGCUGUUGUUCUGCAAUCCCUCAUCACACUGUUUGUGUAUGUGCGUAUGUAUGAGAGAGAGAGAGAGAGAGAGAGAGAGAGAGAGAGAGAGAGAGAGAGAGAGAGAGAGAGAGAGAGAGAGAGAGAGAGAGAGAGAGAGAGAGGACUCCUCAUCUCAUCUUUUGUUCAGCUGCUGGUUUGUCCACCUCUUGAUUUUCAGAGGAACACGAGAACUUGACUUGGGGGCUUCAUGGGGUGGCCCCGAGCCUGUUCUUGGCAUGCAGAUAUGGGAAGGGGAAGAGCCAAUGAAGUCCCCCAGGUUGGGCCCCCAGAAGCAAACCGGAUAUUAAAGAAGUAACAAUGUCGUUGUCUUUGGUGUGAAGAAAGAAGCCAAUUCGGGCAUUAGCUUCUAUGUUUUUAGUCCUAACCCUUGAUGCAUUGUGUUCUCUGUAACUCUUCUCUAAUGCGUGAUUAACCUCUCUCUCUCUCUCUCUCUCUCUCUCGCUAAUUGCUCUGUGAGGUCAGGUCAUAGACAUGCUCCUGUUCAAGGGGAUGGAGGAGCUGGGGAACAUCACCGAGCACGCCAAGCAGCGGCAUCACAUCAUCGGCCAGUACGUUGUGGGCACUGAGCAGUUGCAGGGCCCGGCGACCAAGGAUCAGCCGGGCUUCGACUUCCUCAAGCGCUUCUAUGAGGGCAACUACUUCUAA